CCUACAAAGACAUGUGGCAUGCACCAUGUGUGGUGGGCAAGUAAAUUUGGGAAAGUUUUUAGGCGGACGGCAAAGCAUAGGAUAACUGUUAUUGAGAAGCCAUUCCUCCCGAAAAAAAUAUUCCUCCUUGAAAACCUGUUAGCCAGUUUCAACGAACAUAAUCAUUAUAAGUCGUUACCACGUUAAAUCUACAAAAAAACCCUAGGGUUUGUUUGUUCAGUAGUGUUAUUAGAGGCCUAGCCCCAACAUAAAAACUAAUAGAACACUUUAUUCAAUUCUUGUUUCUUUCUCCUCAAUCUCGGACCUCUAACUGUGUGAUCGGAUUGAGUUUUAUUAGGGUUUAGGGUUUAUAGAUAAUGGACGAUAUUGAAAAAGCAAUUCUUAUAAGUUUUGAUGAAUCGGGGACCGUGGAUUCAUUGUUGAAAUCACAAGCAGUUUCUUUUUGUCAGCAAAUUAAAGGGACUCCAUCAAUUUGUAGUAUAUGUAUAGAGAAAUUGUGUCUUUCUAAGAUAGUUCAAGUCCAGUUCUGGUGCUUACAAUGUCUGCACGAGUUUCUUUGUGUUCGGUACUCGUCGAUGAGUCUUGAAGAGAAGUCUUUUAUAAGGAAGUCAGUAUUUUCGAUGGCGUGUUUUGAAGGUGAUAACGACUCAGUUAGAGUUUUGGAGGGUCCGUCAUUUAUCAAGAACAAGCUUGCUCAGGUUCUUGUCACUUUAAUAUAUUUUGAAUACCCGUUGAUUUGGUCAUCCGUGUUUACUGAUUUUCUGCCAAAUCUGAGCAAAGGUGCAGUGGUGAUUGAUUUGUUUUGUCGUGUUUUGAACGUAUUGGAUGAUGAAUUGAUUAGCUUGGACUACCCUAGAAGUACCGAGGAGGUGGCUGUUGCGGGGAGGAUUAAGGAUGCAAUGAGGCAGCAGUGUGUUCCUCAGAUCGUUAGAGCGUGGUACGACAUUGUAUCAAUGUAUAGAAACUCUGAUCAUGAAUUAUGUACUACUGUUUUAGAUUGUGUGAGGAAAUAUAUUACCUGGAUUGACAUUGGCUUAAUAGUGAAUGAUGCGUUUAUUCGAUUAUUGUUUGAGUUAAUGUUGGCAGAUGGAUUGCUGGAUCAACUUCGGGCUGCUGCUGCUGGUUGUGUUCUUGGGGUAGUUUCUAAGCGGAUGGAUCCGCAAGCAAAGAUUACUCUUUUACGGAACCUUCAGCUAAGUAGGGUAUUUGGUUUGGUAACCGAGAAUAAUGACUCUGAAUUGGUUUCAAGAGUAGCUUCCUUGCUAACUGGGUAUGCUACCGAGGUUCUAGAAUGCUCUAAGCAUUCAAACUCUGAGGAUGCCAAGGGUGUUUCAAUGGAGCUCUUGCAUGAGGUUUUACCUUCGGUUUUUUAUGCAAUGCGGAGUUGUGAGGUUGACGCGACAUUCAGUGCUGUGCAGUUUCUUUCAGGGUACUUUGCCACAAUGAAGAGCCUUUCAACUAUGACGGAGACACAACAGCUACAUUUUGACCCUGUUUAUCGUUAUAAUCUACAUGCAUUGGAUAAAAUUGGGAGAGAAGAGGAAGAUAGGAUGGCAGAGUUUCGGAAGGAUUUAUUUGUAUUGCUUUGUAGUGUAGGCCGUGUAGCACCUGAUGUUACUCAGAUUUUCAUUAGAAACUCUUUAGCCAUUGCUGCUGCAUCUUCUUCUGAUAGGAAUGUUGAAGAGGUAGAAGUUGCACUUUCCCUCUUCUUUGCACUUGGUGAGUCACUAAGUGAUGAGGCAAUGAGAACAGGUAGUGGAGAAUACUCAAUAUAUUCCCCUGGUUUAGCAGCCUUUCUUGAUGAUAGAGGUAUACACCACCCAAAUGUGAAUGUUAGCCGAAGGGCUAGUUAUCUUUUUAUGAGGGUUGUGAAACUGCUCAAAGCCAAGCUCAGUCUGCAAGAUACUGUUGCUCGAUUUACUACUAUGAAUUGUAAUUCCCAAGAAUUUUUGGGACUUGAAGAUGGCAGUCACAUUUUUGAGGCAAUUGCCCUAUUAAUUGGAAUGGAAGAUGUACCAUUGGAAAAACAAUCUGAUUAUCUUCAGCGUUGCUUACUCCUCUUUGUCAGCAG